GUCUCAAGUACCCACCCAAAGCCCCCAAACUCUUCCAAAACCCCGCCCCCCCAGCUCUCAAAGACCCACAACCACCAAUGUCCGCCGCCGCCAGGUCCGUCUUCCGCUCCACCUCCGCCACCCGAAACGCGGUGGCGAGACUUGCCGGCGGAGCUAAGCCCAAGGCGGCGAGGUCCCCCUUUCGCAUCCCGACGCAGAAACCGCUCUCUUCUCGCAUUUUCAGGUCUCCUGUAGAGAUGAGGUUCGUCUGCGUCGAUUCGUUGCUUCCGUUUCACACCGCCACUGCCUCUGCAUUGCUCACUUCAAUGCUCUCCGCCACUCCUCGCUGCUACGGUUGGACUCCUGAAGAUGGAUGAAUGUUAGUUUGUUGGGAUGCUGCAUUUGAUCGUAGUUUUCAUGGAUAUCAAUGGGCAUUGUAAGGCUCUGCUCCAGGCGUUAUUCUGCUUGAUUCAUUUGAAAUCCAAAGGUUUAAGCUCUGAUCAACUGAAAGUAGUGCCAUAAUGUAGAAGGAUAAUAUUUCUCUCUCUCUCUCUCUCUCUCUCUCUCUAAAAAUCAAGUAUUCGUAGUUUUGCUUCAUGGAACUCUUGUUUAGCUUUGCAAUAUUUCUUUCCCACUACCUAAAAUUGGUUCUGGUUGUGCUGCCAUGCAUGCUUUAAGCAGGGUUAGGUUGGUUGGAUGAGUUUGUAACCCGAACAAGGGUAGAUAGUGCAAGGGAGGUUUUGGUUCUAGUUAAUAGUCCAAGUUUGGUUAAAAUUGUCGC